CUAUUUAGAGGAAGAAAAUGAAGCCUAUGUUGUUGUCGAUUUCCCAGUUUAGGACCAUAUCCAUUGGUAAAUCUCUGACUCAUUGCGUAACAUAUUUAAGUUCCAUUACCUAUUUCUGCAAAACCCCCAUUUCUUUCACUUCAGAAACUAUCACCUGGACUUCUUCUUUCUUGGCAUUUCUUUUGCUCAGUGGGUUAUAAAUGUACGCAUAUAGAUCUAUAUGAAUAAAGCUUUUCCAGUGACCUCUCAUGUUCAACAGCAAAAACUUGGAGGCAGAGAAAAAAGGUUCCCAAAAUGGAUUCAAAAAAACCUUAUUUGGCUGUGAUUUUUAUACAAAUGAUAUAUUCUGGUAUGAUCUUGCUCUCUAAGGCUGCCUUUAAUGAAGGUAUGAACAGUUGCAUCUUCAUCUUCUAUAGACAAUUGGCUGGAACUGUGUUCGUUCUCCCCUUCGCUAUGAUCUUCGAACGGAAAAAUGCAACUCCACUUUCUUUUGUCACUUUCUGCAAGAUUUUCAUGGUUGCGUUUUUGGGGAUUACUCUGUCCCUUAAUGCUUUUAGCCUUGCACUUAUCUAUACAAAUGCAACUCUAGGUGCUGCAGCUGUUAACUGCCUUCCAGUCACAACAUUUUUCUAUGCUGUUCUACUAAGGAUGGAGAAAGUGAGGAUAAGAACAACCCAAGGGCUUUUCAAGAUUGCUGGUCUAUUACUGUGCAUUAUAGGUGUGGCAAUUCUUACAUUUUACAAAGGCCCCAAAUUGAAGCCCUUAUUCCAUCAUUACCUCCUUGAGUAUCAUGAGCCAAUUCAUCAUCAAUCCCAAGUUUCUUCCAAUAAAAGAUGGAUUAUUGGUUGCUUACUUUUUUUCGUUUCUAUAAAUUCUUGGGGUUUGUGGCUUGUUUUUCAGACUAGAGUCUUAUCAAGCUAUCCUUCAAAGCUAAGCUUUACAGCCCUUCAAUGCCUUUCAAGUGCUAUUCAAUCAUUUAUACCUGCUAUUGCUUUGGAAAGAGACCCUAAUCAGUGGAAGCUGGGCUGGGAUAUUAGAUUAAUUUUAGUACUUUACUGUGGAAUUAUGGUGACCGGAGUCACAUUGUACUUGCAAACUUGGGUUCUUGAAAAGAAAGGACCAGUUUUUCAAGCUAUGUCACAACCAUUGAAUCUGAUUUUUACGAUAUUUGGUUCGAUUUUUCUACUAGGAGAAGUCAUUAAUUUGGGAAGUGUUUUAGGUGGGAUUUUUCUGGUUGUAAGCCUUUACACAGUUUUAUGGGGGGAGAACAUGAACAAAACAAAAGGAAAACAGGAAUGCCUGCCAGUUCAAGCUGAAAAAGAACGUGUGGAGUUGAACGAGCAGGUGAAAUGAGUUUUCUCCAAGACAAACCAAGCUCCUUUGCAAGCCUUUCAGCAUUGCCUUGGCAUUUUUUUUUUUUCCCUUUAAUUAUUGGAGAUCAAUAAUUACUUUCGUAAUGUCA